AUGCCGCCGAAAAGGUCACUUAUUGGAACGACCAAUCCUCAUGCGAAGAGAAUGAGAGAAGUGCGAGAGAGGGAAACUGCUGAAGAGCGUGAAGCUCGCCUUGCAGCCAAUCGUACCAGAACUUCUCAGUCAAGGGCAAAUGAAACAGCAGUGGAGCCUGAUGUGCGACUGAGUGAGUUGAGUCAAAGGCGCUCUGAACUAAGAGCUACGGAAACAUCUCAGCGGCAGCGCCUCCGACUCAACGAUAGCAGAAUGAGAAUGGCUGAACUUCGAGCUGCACACACAGAAGAACAGUCAAACAUCAGACGUGAGGCGAAUCGACGAAUCCAGGCUGCCACAAGAGCCGCAGCUGAACAACAUGAACAUCGACUGCGAAAUGGUCAUUAUGGAACGAUCUGUAAAUACUUUGCAAUUGGGUCACGGCUACAUGGUAGUAUUGCUCUGCCUCUUGACAGACUCAAUUCGAAAGAUGGUCGCCGAUGUAGUGUCAUUUGUGCGGUUUUCAAGGUCUUCUGUAUGUGUACAAACACCAUAGUGAUGUUCUAA